AUGGAUGCGAGCCACAAGCCCGCCGCACACCGCGCCGACACUGGAGCGUCCUUCAACUCCACGGUGACCGUCAACCCGCCCUCGACCUCGUCAGACAGCUCGAGCGACACAAAGACCGCUACUCGCUCGCGUAAACGUGCCGUUGAGCACAAGCCUUCCACAAGCAAGACUCGCCGUCACGCCCAGACACCUUCAGCGCAGGGCCCCGGUGACUGGACGGCGCAGAAGCGCGAGCAGUUCUUUGACCGCAUCAUCGAAGUUGGAUACAAGAACGCCGACCUGUCGGCUUUGGCCACCGAGCUUGGCCUCAACAAGCUCCAGCUCAAGAAUCAGCUCCAGUCGGGACGCAAGGGCAACUUCCGGGACCGCGCUGUGCGGCACAUCAAAGGCGAGGACAAGAAGGUUGAAAGCUGA